AUGAGUGUUACGGCCGUCCUCGAGCGUCCGCCCACCGUGUCCCUGAACCCGCCGUCGCAGAUGACCCUUCCGGCCUCGAGUGGCACCCUGGAAAAGUUCCCAACCUUCGAUGACGACUCGCUCAAGGUGCCCGCCGAUUCGAACGCUCCCCCACCGAUGAACGACCGGGGGCUGUCGCCGGAUGGAACGUGGCUCCCCAGGAAAAACGGAAUGGGUUCACUUAACCCGCCAAACACGCGAAGGCAGCGGCCGCGGAAGAGUAUCAGCGAAGCCAUUGGCUCGUUCAAGCGGAGAGGUGCCAGUGUCAGUGUCAAUGCUCAGGAGCUGGCUGAGGCGUUGAAGGCUCCCGUUUCGUAUCGACUGAUUGGCCUCUGUGUGAUCUGGUACAUGACCUCUGCGCUGACCAACACGUCGUCAAAAGAAAUCUUAAACGCUCUCCCAAAACCGAUUACGCUCACAAUUGUUCAGUUUGGCUUCGUGUCGGGUUGGUGUUUAAUACUCUCCUACCUAGCGUCCGUGUUUCCUGCUUUGAAAACCGCAAUUCCGGCCCUGAAAAAUGGAAUCCGUCAUCCAUCCCGAGAAGUCAUCUCGACCGCCCUUCCUCUGGCGCUCUUUCAGCUCGCUGGCCAUAUUCUCAGUUCUAUGGCUACGUCUCAGAUCCCAGUUUCGCUCGUCCAUACCAUCAAGGGCCUCUCACCACUCUUCACAGUUCUUGCGUACCGCUUCAUCUUCCGCAUUCGAUAUGCCCGUGCUACAUACCUCUCCCUUGUACCGCUUACGCUGGGCGUGAUGCUCGCCUGCUCCUCUGGGUUUUCUACAAAUCUCUUCGGCAUUUUGUGCGCUUUUUGCGCGGCCCUGGUAUUCGUUUCCCAGAACAUAUUCUCCAAGAAACUCUUUAACGAAGCCUCCCGCCUUGAAUCGGAUGGCCAAUCGCUUACUGGCCGCAAACUGGAUAAACUAAACCUUUUGUAUUACUGUUCUGGUCUAGCAUUUAUUUUGACUGCCCCAAUCUGGUUUUUUUCUGAGGGCUAUCCACUUUUUGUCGAUCUCCUCCAAGAUGGAGCUAUCGACCUUACUGAAAAAAAAGGGAGUCUGGACCACGGUCCAUUGGUACUCGAAUUCAUUUUUAACGGCAUAUCACAUUUCGCCCAAAAUAUCCUGGCUUUUGCUCUCCUCUCGAUGAUCUCACCUGUCUCUUACUCGGUUGCAUCCCUGAUAAAACGCGUUUUUGUUGUUGUCGUGGCUAUCGUUUGGUUUGGAAACUCUACUACACCAAUUCAAGCAAUUGGCAUUGCCCUUACUUUCCUCGGCUUAUACCUAUACGACCGCAACAGCCACGAGGAUGCAGCUGACCGACGAGCAAAUGCUGACCAUUUCCACUCCAAGACGCCAAUACUCCCACUCAGCGACGUUAAAAAUACCGACAAUAGAGGCUGGAACCAGAACGGCUAUAUAUUCCCUCCUUCAAUUAAAGAAGGGCCCAUGGAAGACGCGGGCAGUUAUGUCCCAGUUUCGUCCAGCAGUGGGAAAAAGGACGACGACGAGCCAAAUGGGCGGUCUCGGAAGACAAGCCCUGUCCAGUCGUGGAUGCCGCCAGGCACAAAGCAGGAACAUACCUGGCAACCUGGCGACUCUACACCAUACCAGCCGCAAUAUAUUUCGUGA